AUGCGCGACGCCGCAGGCCAACUACACCACAUGCCAGACCAAAUCGCAGCAGCUAUAACUCGCUUCUACACAGACCUUUACGCGAUCCCCUCCCACCAAACCAAACUCUCCCCAGACGCAGCGGAGGCCCUGGAGGCACCGCUGACGGAGGGGGAACUGGCCCUGGCCAUCAAAGACUCAAAGACAG